AUGCUGCAACUCGUGGCAAUCCUGUUGAUGAUCUCCCCUUUCGGUGCCGUGGACUACAACUUCGUCCACCCCAGAUGCACGGACACAUGCAGUGACCAGGGAGACGGACAGUACCUAGACUGCAACAGGUGUGACCGCUUUGUGUCAUGUUCUGGUAGUAAGCUCUACCGGAUGAGAUGUCCAGAACUUACAUCCUACCACGGCUAUCUGGGUGUCUGUGUGCACGCCACAAGUCCCAACUGUAGUCCAGGAGGAUAUCGAGAUCCACCCCUGACUCCUGGCGAGGUGAUCCAGCAGACUCUACCAACCAGUGUUCCAG